AUGAGUGGAAGCGUCGUCGCACUACACGUCGUUUGGUUGUCCGUGAUGGUGACCUCCUUCGAUACCACGGCCAUAGCCAAGAGCAGCGGUCCCGAAGACACGCCCUGCCAGUCCGUGGAGGGCGCGUGGAUGUCAUCCAACAUGGAAGCCGUGUUCGAGACGAGGGCCACUACGACGUUCGGUCGGCUGGAUUUUUGCGCAAUCGAAUCGGACUGGAUCGGUGGUAUGGAGGUACUGUUCGGUCCCGGCGGGAUCGUGUCCGCGCUUAUCAGCCAACCCGACACCGGCGUCACGGCCACGUUCGUCGGGCACUGUCGCGUCGUAGGUGGAACGGACUCCAUGACGGGUAAGCCAUGA